UUAAGUUCUGAAAGAGGCACAAGUCGAUACUGGGGAGGCAGAGCAGAUAACCGGAGAUGGCAUUUCAGGUUCUGAAAUUUCCAAGUCACAUCAUCUCGCGCCGUUUUAGCAGAACUUCAGGCUUCUAUUUCCUAUCCGAAUUCAACUCACAUAAGCUCCCUGCAAGAUGGGUUGGAGUGCCAAUGCAUGGUCACUGUAGAAGCUUUGCUGCUGUGAAGUUAUCAAAGGAUCAAACACCAAAGAAGAAGAAGAGACUGGAUGAAGUGUGCCUUGAAAGGUAUGAACAAUAUAGCCGAACCUACGUACAGUCAUGGAUCUUACAAGGGAAAGUAUUGGUGGAUGGGAAGGUGGUCAACAAAGCCGGUACUCCAGUCUCUGAUAAAUCUGUUGUAAAGAUUAUGGCUGAAGUCCCCAAAUAUGUAUGUAGAGCAGGACACAAGUUAGAAGCUGCGAUUGAACAGCUAGGUAUUGAUGUUUCUGGCAAAGUAGCUCUUGAUUCAGGGUUGUCAACCGGUGGAUUUACCGACUGUUUACUUCAGUAUGGUGCAUCAUUUGUUUAUGGAGUCGAUGUAGGAUAUGGACAGGUAGCGGAAAAAAUUCGAACUGAUGAACGUGUGAGUGUGAUAGAACGGACAAAUUUAAGACACCUUCCUGGACUCCCGCAAAAAGUAGAUUUGGUGACUUUGGAUCUGUCAUUCAUCUCUAUUCUAUUGGUCAUGCCCGCUGUAGUCAAUGUGAUGAAAGAAGAGGCAACAUUAGUCACCCUGGUUAAACCUCAGUUUGAAGCUCGCAGAUCACAAGUAGGGAGUGGUGGCAUUGUAAGAGAUCCAUUAGUUCAUCAAGAAGUUCUUGAGAGGAUCAUCAAAGGUGUGGAGAAUUUUGGAUUUAACAGCAAAGGAUGGAUAAAGUCUCCUCUCAAGGGUGCUGAGGGCAAUAUAGAAUUUCUAGUUCACUUUACUCGAACAGCUGAGAAAAGUGCAGAGAACUUAGUAUGUACUUCUGCAUAACACAAUCUGUUAAUUGGCCCUGAUUAUGAUCCUGCAACUAAAGAGUGCCAUGAAACUGAGGAUGCAGGAACAAUAUCGUCACUCAUAUCCCGGCUCCAGAUGUUACUUGUAAUUCAUGAAUUGGUUUAUUUUAAAAGCCUUAUGUAA